AUGAUAAAAGAAAUUAUAACUACUCAACUAAUAAGUUUACAAACAAACUUUAAUGCACGGUUUGAAGAUUUCCCAGAAGAAAGUCUAGGAAAUUUAAAAAUAAGCGAAGAACUUAUUGACUUGUCAUCAGAUGAAAAUCUACGUAUCAGAUUUCAAGAAAAUGUAUGUAAUACAUUUUGGAUUUCCAUCAAAUCUGAAUAUCCAGAAUUAUCAAAACAAGCAAUAUCAAUUUUACUUCCUUUUUCAUCAACUUAUUUAUGCGAAACAGCAUUUUCAACACUAACGAUAAUUAAAAACAAAUAUCGCUCCAGACUAAAUGUUGAAGCUGAUUUAAGAGUAGCAGUGUCAAAUAUCAAACCAAACAUAGAAUAA